GCGCGGGCGGGGCGGUGCCGCCGCUGUUGCCGUCCGGUGCCGUAGGAGAAGGUCGCCCGCUCGCCCGCUCGCUCCGGGGGACUCCCAGGAUCUCGCUCAGCCGCUCGCGCCGUCCCGAGCACUCGGGGACAUGUCGAGGUGGGCGGAGGCCCGGCGGGCCGGCGCCAGACGGCGGACGGCGGCCGCGGCACACGCGCCCUCCUCGAGCUUUCCCCGGAGACGCCUCCCUUUACACGCGCCCCGAGCCUGAAGGCGCUGCCACGGCGAGGAGGCACCGAUAGGGAGCAGGACGCGCCGCCGCUGUGCCGGGAGCUCCCGGGAGGAGGAGGAGGAGGAGGAGGAGGAGGAUGAAGCUGCUGGAGAACUCGAGCUUCGAGGCCAUCAACUCCCAGCUGACCGUGGAGACCGGCGACGCGCACAUCAUCGGCAGGAUCGAGAGCUACUCGUGCAAGCUGGCGGGCAUCGACAAGCAGCUCUUCAAGCAGUUCUGCCAGGAGGGGCAGCCCCACGCGCUCGAGGCCCUGAGCCCGCCCCAGAGCUCCGGCCUCAGCCCCGGCAGGCAGGGGGAGGGCCCGCUGAGCGACACGUGCAGCCGCAAGACGCUCUUCUACCUGAUCGCCACCCUGAACGAGGCCUUCCGGCCCGACUACGACUUCAGCGCCGCCAAGAGCCACGAGUUCAGCCGCGAGCCCAGCCUCAACUGGGUGGUGAAUGCUGUGAACUGCAGCCUCUUCUCGGCCGUGCGCGAGGAUUUCAAGGCGCUGAAGCCGCUGCUGUGGGACGCGGUGGAUGAGGAGAUCUGCCUGGCCGAGUGUGACAUCUACAGCUACAACCCCGACCUGGACUCGGAUCCCUUCGGGGAGGACGGCAGCCUCUGGUCCUUCAAUUACUUCUUCUACAACAAGCGGCUCAAGAGGAUCGUCUUCUUCACCUGCCGCUCCAUCAGUGGCUACGCCUACACCCGGCCGGACACCGGGAACGAGCUGGACAUGGACCUGGGCGAGGGGGACGCCGAGAAGGGCGACAGCGGCGACCCCGAGGGCGGCGGCAUCGAGGAGGACAGGCUGCAGGUGAUGUGCAUGUGAGACUCCCGGCGGGAUCCGAGACACCGGGAACGGAACCGGCAACGGGAACGGAACCAGCAACGGGACUGGAAAUGGACUGGGAAUCAAACCAGCACCGGGAACGGGACCGGGAACGGGACCGGGAACGGGAAUGGGAC